ACAUGCCGAAUGCGACGUGGCCAUCCGACCCAAUCUUGGACUGUAGCUUGCAGGCGUUUGGCCCAGCCAGCUGCGACGGCAGCUUCGACUUUACGCUGGUGUUUGAACAGACAAUCUUGUCAAUUGCUCCUUCCGUCAUCUUUCUCUUUCUCCUUCCCAUCAGCUUAAUCAAGUUGUUUCGCACUGCACCGAGAUUUAAAGCAUCAACAAUUCGUAUAUUGAAGCUGAUCUGUCUCCUGGUGUCAUGGAGUGUUCAGCCAGCCUCAAAGACCCCUGCAACAAUUCCAGCUCUGUGCCUCGGUCUUAUCGUUUCUCUGGCUAUCGUGUCUCUUUCUGCGCUAUCGCACACGAGAUCAGUCAGGCCGUCUUCGCUCCUAGGCACAUAUCUGAUAUUUUCAUCCCUCUUCGAUGCGACUCAGGCGCGUACCCUNUUUCUGAGUCCGAUCCACAAAGUGGUACCCAGCUUCACGUGCCUAUCGAUCGCUCUCAAAUUGGUGUUGGUGGUCAUUGAAUCCUGGAACAAGAGGUCAUGGCUGCCUCCUGCGGAUCGGACGUUACCACCAGAGUCGACAAGCUCUAUUCUCAGCAGAAGCUUUUUGUGGUGGCUGAAUCCUCUAUUUGUAAGUGGUAUGCGGACUCUCCUCAACCAAGACCAGCUGUAUGCUAUCGAUCCGGAACUGCGGUCUCGAGGAACCGGCCAAAAGCUGAAGAAAGCAUUCGAGAGAGGUUCGAAGACUUCACAACGUAGUACCGAACCGAGCAUGGUUUCAUCGUCCAUGUGGGCUUUGCCUAAGGCUUGUUUUCGCUCAAUCUGGACAGAUGUCAUGGCCAUGAUUCCUACAAGACUUGCUUUGGUUGGCUUCACAUUUGCACAGCCUUUUCUGUUCACUCGCGCCAUCAACUACCUCGGCCAGCAGGACCAGGGUUCUCACGAGAAUAUCGGCUACGGACUUGUUGGUGCGACGGUCAUCAUCUAUAUCGGAAUAGCGCAACAAGUCUCUCGCAUCACGACUAAACUCAGAGGGGCUUUGAUAUCGGUGGUUUACGAUCACGUCCUUGUCAUAUCCGACAUCUCUAGCAACAACGGUGCUGCUUUGACCUUGAUUUCGAGCGUAAUCAGAGUUCUUGGUGAACUCAACGAGUCUUGGGCCAGGUUGAUCGAGGUCGCUGUGGGCGUAGGUCUUCUAGCUCGACAAGUCGGCGCGGUCAGUAUCGUUCCCAUAGUCCUGACUGUUAUAUCCACUCAGGCACAAGGCUGGGUGUCUAAACAGAUAGGAUCGAGGAGGAAAGAUUGGAGCGCUGCAACGCAGAAGCGCGUCAGUACGACAGCUGUGGUACUUGGUUCCCUCCAAUCGGUGAAGAUGUCAGGUCUCAUGGCCUCUGCUUCGGGCUCACUUCAUUCUUUGAGGGUUAGAGAGCUCCAAAUGUUCUCUUUCUUUGCUCGCUUCAUCAUUGGUUUGAAUGCAAUUGCACGCGUCGACGGUUCGCCCGGUCUGGACAUUUCACAAGCCUUCGCCUCGCUAGCUUUGUUGAACCUUGUCACCACGCCCACGGCAAAAUUGCUCACCAUCAUGCCACUGUGGGCGCAGGCUUUGGGUUGCUUCGAACGAUUGCAACAUUACUUGGAACUCCCAGUCCACAAGGAUCAUCGCUCUUCCAACAGGUCAAACUUCGAAAGUUCUGGCUUUGGCAUUGAAAUGUCACCGAUUAUCUCGCACAAGGUUCAGAGAGAUGUUGCCGUUGUCUGUACAAAUCUGGACGUGUCCUUGUCUACUGAUGGACCUACGAUACUGGUAGGUAUAUCACUGGAGGCGAACAUGCACUCUUUCACAGUCAUUACGGGUCCAACUGGUUCUGGCAAGACUGUUCUGCUGAAAACAAUACUUGGCGAAACUCUUACUUCACGCGGUAACAUUUCAGUCUCUACGCAGAGCGUUUCUUAUUGCAGCCAAAAGCCCUGGAUGACCAGCACUACCGUCAAGGAGUACAUCGCUGGUACAAGCUUCAACUCAGCAGCGAUUGAAGAGUCGUGGUAUGGUAGCGUAGUACACGCUUGUGAUCUGAACAAAGACUUCGCAAGUAUGCCAGAUGGAGACGAUACCCAACUCGGUAGCAAAGGAGUCUCCCUAUCGGGAGGACAGAAAGCGAGACUGGCACUUGCCCGGGCUGCAUACAUGCGAAGAGAUAUCAUGCUUCUCGAUGACGUCUUUAGUGCGCUUGAUGUCAACACUGAGGAAGUCAUCAUCCGUCGUCUACUGGGGCCAAACGGUCUACUGAGGAGGCUCAGAACUACAGUCCUCCUGGUUUCGCAUUCGCAAAGAGUCAUGUCAAUAGCUGACCAUAUCUUGAGCCUUUCGAAAGACGGAUGCCUCGUACACACAGGCACAUUCCAAUCACCUCAAACUGAGAUUGAAACGACCAUCGACGAUAAGCCUGCGAAUGUCGGGGUCGUCGAUGCAAUCCAAGCACGAGUCCCAAAAGGUCCAUCCAAAGAAGAUAAAGAUGACCUAGCGAGAAAAACUGGCGAUUGGACAAUAUACAAGUACUACUUCAGCAACUUCCGGAACAGAUUUCUGGCCAUGUUCGUCGCUUGUUCUGUUUGUGCCGCAUUCAGUUCAAGAUUCUCCCAAAUCUGGCUGAACUGGUGGGCAGCAGAUGACGGUAAUGAUCUGGGCUUGUAUCUCACAGUCUACACGGUACUUGCUCUGGCACAGACCUUGUCUAGCAAUCUGAACAUGUGGGUUGUCUUCUUGAAGAUGAUCCCUGGUUCUGCAAUCAAUAUGCAUCGCACUUUAUUGGAAACAGUCGCGGGAGCAGCUUCGUCUGUGUACUAUCAGACUGACAGCGGUACCAUUUUGAACAGAUUCGCCCAAGAUAUGGCACUUGUGAUAGGAGCUUUGCCUACCUCGCUCAUCGCGACUGGGAACACACUUUGCGAGACAAUCGCUUCCCUGGCAAUGAUUUCCACAGGUGCUAGUUAUAUGGGCAUCAGCAUUCCUUUCGUCAUACUCGCGAUAUAUGCGAUACAGAAGGUGUAUCUCAGCACCUCGCGGCAACUGCGUCUACUCGAGAUUGAAGCGCGAAGCCCGAUAUACUCUCACUCUCUCGAAACGCUCGAGGGGGUAGUGACCAUUCGCGCUUUUGGCUGGGAACAAGCAGCUAAGGAGAAACAUGAAAAGUUGUUGGAUACUGCACAAUCGCCUUACUACUUGUUGGCUUGUGUGCAGCGAUGGCUGAAACUGGUUCUUGAUCUGAUGAUAGCGGCGCUGGCUGUUGUGGUUGUUGGUCUUGCUGUCUCGCAACGAGGCACGACUUCAGCAGGCCUGCUGGGAGUGGCAUUGACCAAUGUCCUUGGGUUUAGCCAGUCCCUCACUCGCCUGGUCACCGAAUGGACAACUCUGGAAACGUCUUUGGGCGCUAUCGCACGAGUACGCUCUUUCGCCGCUACAACAGAGCAAGAAGCUUCUUCCGCAGAACGCACCACCACCAUUCCGCGAGACCUAGUUCCUGGAGGCGCAGUUGUCUUCUCUGGCGUCUACGCCAGAUAUACCGACGACCCCAGCGCUUACACUCUCCAGGACAUCUCCUUCACCAUNCCCCCACGCACCAAAGUCGCCAUUUGCGGCCGCACCGGCAGCGGAAAAUCAAGCCUGGUUCUCGCUCUAUUGCGUCUGCUUCCUCUUCGGCAUGGAAACAUCUCCAUCGACGACACCGAUAUCGCAGACGUGAACCCAGACCUUAUCCGUCGCAGCAUCACCACUAUCCCCCAACAACCGUUUCUUCUCCCUGGAACCGUACGCAAUAUCCUAGAUCCCGAAGCUCGGUUCAGCAUCGCAGACCUGGAAUCUGCAUUNACAAAAGUGCAGUUGCUCGAUCUUGUUGAUCAGCGCGGUGGACUUGAUCAGAAUAUGGAGCAACAGAGUCUUAGCCACGGUCAAGCGCAAUUACUCUGCUUGGCACGAGCUCUGCUGCGCAAAAGUAAAUUGGUUGUUCUGGACGAGGCGACGAGUAGUUUGGAUGCCGAUACCGAGGGGCUGAUACGCAGGGUGUUGAACACAGAAUUUGUGGAUUGCACUGUCAUUUCUGUGGCGCAUAGGAUAACAACUAUUCUGGAUGCAGAUAUGGUUGUCAUGAUGGAUGCAGGACGUGUCUCUGCUAUCGGUAAGCCAGAGCACUUGAGUGUGUCCAACGAUGAUUUCAAACAGCUCUGUGGUAUUGCU